GCCGGGUCACGUGUGCGGGAGGGAAGGAGCUUCAUCCCGGGCCGGAGCCCCACACCGCGCCCACGGCCAUGGCCACAGCGCUCGCGCUCCUGGCGGGGGUCCUGCUCCCCUGCGGGGGCGCCCUCCUGCCGUUCAGGCGGCGGCUCUCAUUGAAGAUGGAUGGAGCUCGGUGCUCCCACCACUCGGAGUGCUCCAGCGACUGCUGCCUCAUGGACUUGGACAAUGGAGGCGACUUCUGUGCCCCCAAGGGCAGAAAAGCCAUGGUGUGCUUGCCCCAGACCAAGAGAGCCACCAACAUCGUAUGCCCCUGCCGACUGGGCUUGAGUUGCAUACCCAAGGACCCGAGCUGUCCCCGCCGGUGCUCUCUGCUCUAGAGGACGAUGCGGGGGACACGGCCAUCCUCCUCCCCUCCCUCGGCCAGCGGCCUUGGAGUCCCCAUCUUGUUCACAAUCCAGCUCCAGACACAUUAAAGUCACUC